AUGGCCCACAAAGAACCUUUCCACUCACACAGCUUGUUGUGCUACAACUCGGUGUUGCAAGGUUUCUUGCACUGCAACAUGCACGAUCGAGCAAGAUCUCUACGAGACAAUGCCGCUGAGAGAUCUGGUGACUUGGACAACGAUGAUCCAUGGCUGCUCGCAAGAACAGGAGAUUCACGCUUUGCGCCUCCCAGAGCACGACAUCACCUCUGCCAAUGCAGCAUUGGCCGCUUUCGCCCAAAACGGGCAUAUGGACUCCGCAAAGGCUCUGAUCGAAAGCAUGGCACAAAUCUAUCGUCAUGGAACUUACUGCUACAAGCCUACGUCCAAAACGGGCAUAUUGACGCAGCCAAGGGAGUGUUUGAGAGUAUACCCGAGCGCAGCCCCGCCUCUCACAAGCUCAUGGUCCAGGCAUAUGCCCAUAUACCAGGCGUGGAAUAUGCGUGGACGAGCUCACCGUCGGGUGAUGUGGUUCUCACGACUGCCGUGUGCGUAGCAUAUGCCCAAGCUGGGCAUCUGGAGAGAUCGAUGGCUGUUUUCCAGAGGCCACAGCAGCCAACCGCGGUUGCAUGGACCGCGAUGCUUACAAGCCUGGCAUAUUCUGGGGAUCGCGCCCGAGCGCUGUGGCUGCUGCACGCCGUAAAGAUCCAGGGGAUAUGCCUGGAUGCGGUGGUGUUCAAGAGCGUGCUGAUUGCGUGUGUUCAUAUCGGGGUGCUGCGGCUUGCGAUUGAGCAGUUUGUGUCGAUGAGCUUUGAUUUUGGGCUUGGGCCUGGAAAAGAGCAUUACAGGUGCGUUCUCAACAUUUUGGCGAGGGUGGGUCAACUCGAGCUUGCGUGA